CCAGUGUCUCAGUUUAAAAUGGUGAAUUACUCUUAUGACGAAGACCUUGAGGAACUCUGUCCAGUCUGUGGAGAUAAAGUGUCUGGGUACCAUUAUGGACUUCUCACUUGUGAAAGCUGCAAGGGAUUCUUUAAGCGAACAGUCCAGAAUAACAAAAGGUACACAUGUAUAGAAAAUCAGAAUUGCCAGAUUGACAAAACCCAGAGAAAACGCUGCCCUUACUGUCGGUUUCAAAAAUGUCUAAGUGUUGGAAUGAAGUUGGAAGCUGUACGAGCCGACCGAAUGCGUGGCGGUCGAAACAAGUUCGGACCAAUGUACAAGAGAGACAGGGCGCUGAAGCAGCAGAAGAAAGCUCUUAUCCGAGCGAACGGACUUAAACUGGAAGCCAUGACUCAGGUGAUCCAAGCGAUGCCCACUGACCUGACGAUAUCCUCUGCCAUCCAGAACAUCCAUUCUGCCUCCAAAGGCCUACCUCUGAACCAUACUGCCUUGCCUCCCACAGACUAUGACCGAAGUCCCUUCGUCACCUCUCCCAUCAGCAUGGCCAUGCCGCCCCACGGCAGUUUGCAGGGUUACCAGACCUACGGGCAUUUCCCAAGCCGUGCCAUCAAGUCCGAGUACCCCGACCCUUACACCAGCUCGCCCGAGUCAAUCAUGGGCUACUCGUACAUGGAUAGUUACCAAACGAGCUCGCCGGCAAGUAUCCCGCACCUGAUAUUGGAACUCCUGAAGUGCGAGCCAGACGAGCCGCAGGUCCAAGCGAAGAUCAUGGCGUACCUGCAGCAAGAGCAGGCCAACAGAAGCAAACAUGAGAAGCUCAACACGUUUGGGCUGAUGUGUAAAAUGGCUGACCAAACCCUCUUCUCCAUUGUUGAGUGGGCUAGGAGUAGCAUCUUCUUCAGAGAGCUUAAGGUAGGCAAUGAUCUUACAUUACGUUAUCAGCCAGUCAAGAAGAAAAUACCAUUUGUUACAAUGUUGUAG